CUUCUUCUUCAUAGCAAUUAGCCAAAAUCAAAAAUACUCUUCAAACAAUUUUUUUCUUCUUAAAAUCAUUUUUAUUAUAAAACCUCUUCCUUGUUCAAUGGCGACGGGGAAGAGUUACUACGCUAGACCUAGCUAUCGAUUUCUCGGCACCGAUCAGCCUUCUUCGUAUUUCACCACCACCACCACCACCGCCACCGAUUCAGGUCUCGAAUUCGACGAAUCCGAUCUCUACAACCCAAUCCACUCCGAUUCUCCCGAUUUUCGCCGCAAAAUCUCUACCCCUUCCAGAUCCGGUAAAAAACCGUCGACUCAUCGUCCCUCCGCCGUUACAACAGCGUCUUCGCUUCCCGUUAACGUCCCGGACUGGUCUAAGAUUCUCCGUGGGGAGUACCGCGAUAACCGCCGGAGAAUCAUCGAGGAUAACGACGACGAAGACGGAGAUGAUUGCGAAGACGGUGGAGACUGGUUGCCUCCGCAUGAGUUUCUGGCGAAGACGAGGAUGGCUUCCUUCUCGGUUCAUGAAGGAAUCGGGAGGACAUUGAAAGGAAGAGAUCUGAGUAGGGUCAGAAAUGCCAUUUUCGAAAAAAUCGGGUUCCAAGAUUAAAAUAUUUGGAAACUUUUGGAGUUUUCCUGUAAUUUUUUUGUUUUGUUUUUUUGCCUUACUUCAAUCAUUUUCUCUUUAUGUAACUGUCAGAGAAGAGAGAAGAGAGAGAGAGAGAGAGAGAGAGAGAGAGCAUGUAAUAUUUCUAGAAAUGCCCUCCAUUUAUCGUUUAAUUCCGCAUAUCUUACCCCCAAUGUAAUUUCUUUUUAGAUUUUUAAUCACAUUUUGCGUAUUUUGCUGUCGA